AUGACUGAUUCCCCUGCUUCAAACGCCUCUGUUUCUUCAGAUCCCCAUGUUCCUCCUGCACCUCCGGUUCUUCCACCCAUGCUUUAUUCUCUUUCAGAUCCAUAUUCUAGCCCUUUAUACCUUCAUGCGGCUGAUUCUUCGAACCUCCAACUCGUUCCUGAAAAGUUGGUAGGCGAAUCAAACUACAGUGUUUGGUCUCGAGCGAUCCUCAAGGCUUUAAACGCCAAAAACAAAAUGGGUUUUGUUCUCGGCUCUGUUUCCCAACCUCCGGCGGAUCACCCUGACGCCAACCUCUGGUCUCGCACGAACGACAUGGUUUGCACCUGGCUAACCAACGCUGUAAGUUCUGAAAUCGCGAGCUUGAUUGUUUAUCUUGAUGAUGCACACCUGGUUUGGCGUAGCCUUGAGAACAGAUUCAAGCAAGGGAAUGUGUCCAAGGUGUACAAUAUUCAACAUCAGUUGGAUACUUUACACCAAGGAUCACUAGAUCUCAACAGCUAUUAUACGAAACUUACCUCGCUAUGGGAAGAACUACGCAACUUCGAGCCGUUUCCAGUGUGUACAUGCGGUGGCUGCACCUGUGGGGGUUGCACUUGUGGAGGAUGCUCUUGCAAACUCCCUGAACAAUGGAGUCUUCUGUUUGAGAAGAACAAUGUUGUGAAAUUUCUGAUGCGCCUCAACGACUCCUACAGCGCCGUUCGUCGGCAGAUUCUGAUGCAAGAACCCUUACCGAACCUCACCAAAGCCUAUAAUCUUAUUUCUCAGGAAGAGCAGCAGCGUCUGUCUUUUGGUUCUUCGUCGGAGCAAGCUGCCUUCCAGAUUUCUGCUCCCUCUUUUCGACCUAAGCCUUAUUUUUCUUCUUCUAAUCCUAACCCUAGAAACACUCAGCCCACAAACAGAUCUAAACUUUCAAACCCAAACCACGAUAAGCCCAAGCCCAUUUGCACUCAUUGUGGAAUGAUGGGCCAUACUGUAGCCCGUUGCUACUAUAUUCACGGCUUUCCCAUGGGUUACAAGUCAGCUGCCCCUCUUCUACCAACUCCUCGAAACCUGCUGCCUGCUGGUAAAGGGUUAUCGCCGACGUUUUGA